AUGGUAAGAAAAAGGAAACCAACAAAAAAGCAAGCGUCGACAUCAACUUCAGAAAGUCAAAUAACAGACCUGCUUGACGCUGCAGCAAAUUGUUUGUGUUCCUUUCCUCCCGAUGAGGUUGCAGCAGCAGCGCUCUACGAGAAAGCUCUUGCUCUGGACUCCACGAAUAUUCAGGCUCUCUCCUGCUUUGCGGAGCUUCUUUGUACCGCCGAGAAUCCAUCCACUCUUGCAGGAAUGAAGAGAGAUGUGGAAGAAGUGCUAGCCAUAAGACGCCAAAUGUCAAACGCAUGCUGUGCAAUUGCAGAACUCUACAUGACCGAUCUCUGCGACGAGCCAGAAGCGGAGGCUCGCGUCGCUGAAUGUCUUAAUAUGGCAAUCGAACUUGAUCCCGAAAAUUUUGACGCUUAUACGGGAUUAACAACUUACUUCAAAACGAUAGGGAAUCUAGAGGAAGCAGCUGAAUCUGCGGAAAAAGCUUUAAUUCUUUUCAAAAGGGCGAAAGCACAAGCAGAAGCAGAAGAUCUUGAUCAUUUGAUGUCAGCAGCCCCAAAUGAAACUGUAGUUGAAGUUCCUGAGUGGAAUUCACGAUUAUCGCUAGCUGCAUCUUUGAUCGAUUUGAAACAAACAAUUCCAGCAAGCGAGUUGCUCGAAUCUUUAAUAGAAGAGAAUGACCAAGACAUUCAAGCGUGGCAUCUGAUGGCUUGUAAUUUCCUCGUCGCUCAAGAUUUUGAUUCAUCAGAAGAUUGUCUUGAUUCUGGGAAAGAGCUUAUUGCAAGAGCAGCUAAACAAGCUUCUAUCGGAGACGAGGAGCAUCAAAAUUUUGUUUCGCAUUGGACAAGAGUGUUAGCGGCGACUGAACAACAAAUAGAAAAAUCAAGAAGUAUUGCCCCUCAACAAUCUGAUCCCUAA